AUGCCUCUUACCGAAGAACAAAAACAGCACUGGCUGGAACACGGCUUCAUCAAGAUCCCGCAGUGUUUCUCCCGCGAAGAUGCCGACAACUGGACAGCCUCCAUCUGGGCCCGGCUCGGCAUCUCGUCCACGGAUAAAUCCACCUGGACCAGCGAACGAGUCAACAUGCCCGGCCACACCGUGGUCAAAGUCAACGAUUUUGCGCCCAAGGCGUGGGAUGCGAUCUGCGAGCUUGUCGGCGGCGAAGACCGGGUGACGGACUGGUGCAAGGAGUGGCGCGACUCGUGGAUCAUCAACAUGGGCAAGCCCGAAUUCAAGCCAGAUGAUCCGCUGGACUUUCGCACGUUGGAUAACUGGCAUAAUGACGGGGAUUGGUUCACCCAUUUCCUGGACAGCGGGGAGCAAGCACUGCUGGUGAUCCCGUUAUUCAGCGAUAUCAAACCCAGAGGCGGCGGCACCGUGAUUUGCACCGACGGGAUUGGGCUUGUGGCUAAGCAUCUGUACGAUCAUCCUGAAGGAACCUGGCCUUUCCUACACAGUCGUUCAGGACCGAAGCCUGAGGGCCCGGAAGCGGGAAAGUACUGGCGGGAAUGGGCGCGCAAUCCGCACUUGACCAGAGAGGAGUCGUUCCAUGAAGCGACCGGUCAAGCAGGAGACGUCUAUCUCCUCCACCCUUUCAUGCUCCAUUCGGCGUCGCGAAAUCUGCUGCGUGAAGUCCGUAUCAUCACCAAUCCCCCCGUCUCGCUCAAGGAACCCUUCAACUACAAUCGUCCGGACGGCAAGUACAGCCUUGUAGAACAGAGGACUCUAAAGGAUCUCGGUCGACUGGAGGGAUUGCCCGAAUGGAAGAUCACUAGAGAGAGAGAGAUGCUUACACCCGCUCGGGUACAGAUACAGGAGGAUAUGCGAAAGAAGGAGAAGGAGAGGCUGGAGAAGGCUGGUAAUUCGGUGACCAGCUACGGUAGUGCAAAGCCACUUGAGUCGUACUAUCCCUCGUGA